CCAAGCGCCGCGGUUCUUGACUGUGCUGCGCCGGGCGCUGGUUGUAGCCAUGCAGGGAGCUGACUCGGACCAGCCCUUCAAGCGGCCCCGAUGCGAUGGCAGUCCAAGAACCCCGCCAAACACCCGUUCCGCGGCGGCGGGGCGGUCCUCGGGCCCCGAACUCCGCCCCGACCACCAGAGCUGGGGCCCGGAGCAGGUGUGCUGCUUCCUAAAGCGCAGCGGCUUCGCUGAUCCCCGACUACUGGAACGCUUCCGAGAAAAUAAAAUCACAGGUCUAACAUUGCUCCACCUUAAUGAGGCUGAUCUUGAAAGACUUGGAAUAAGUACCUUGGGUGACAGAAAGAAGCUCCAAGCUUGUAUCCAACAACUGAGUGAAAUUCAUGUUGAUGCAAUGAAGGUAAUUAAUGAUCCUAUCCAUGGCCACAUUGAACUCCACCCUCUCCUCAUCCGAAUCAUCGACACACCUCAAUUUCAGCGGCUUCGAUAUAUCAAACAGUUGGGAGGCAGUUACUACAUUUUUCCAGGUGCUUCGCACAAUCGAUUUGAGCACAGUCUAGGUGUAGGGUAUCUAGCAGGAUGUCUGGUUCGUGCACUGCGUGAGAAGCAACCAGAGCUGCAGAUAAGUGGACGAGAUGUGCUCUGUGUUCAGAUUGCUGGCCUUUGUCAUGAUCUCGGUCAUGGGCCAUUUUCUCAUAUGUUUGAUGGAAGAUUUAUUCCACUUGCUCGCCCAAAUGUGAAAUGGACGCAUGAACAGGGCUCAGUGAUGAUGUUUGAGCACCUGGUUAAUUCUAAUGGACUAAAAGCGGUCAUGGAACAGUAUGGUCUUAUCCCUGAGGAAGAUAUUUGCUUUAUCAAGGAACAAAUUACAGGACCACUUGAAACACCAAUCAAAGAUUCUUUGUGGCCUUAUAAAGGACGUCCCAAAGAGAAAAGCUUCCUUUAUGAGAUAGUGGCCAAUAAAAGAAAUGGCAUUGAUGUGGACAAAUGGGAUUAUUUUGCCAGGGACUGCCAUCAUCUUGGAAUACAAAAUAAUUUUGAUUACCAGCGCUUUCUUAAAUUUGCUCGUGUCUGUGAAGUAGAUAAUAGGAAACGUAUUUGCACUAGAGAUAAGGAGGUUGGGAAUCUGUAUGACAUGUUCCAUACUCGUAACACUUUGCACCGCAGAGCUUAUCAACACAAAGUUGGCAACAUCAUUGAUACAAUGAUUACAGAUGCUUUCCUCAAAGCAGACCCCUACAUAGAGAUUACAGGGGCUGAAGGAAAGAAGUAUCACAUUUCUACAGCAAUUGAUGACAUGGAAGCCUUCACUAAGCUAACAGAUAACAUUUUUCUGGAGAUUUUAUAUUCUUCUGAUCCUAACCUGAAUGAAGCACGAGAGAUUUUAAAAAAAAUCGAAUACCGUGAUCUAUACAAGUAUGUGGGUGAGACUAAGCCAAAGGGAAAAAUAAGAAUUGAAAGGGAAAACUAUAAAAGCCUUCCAGAGGAAAUUGCCAGGGCUAAACCUAGUGACAUACCACUAGAAGCUGAACUGAAGGCUGAAGAUUUAAUAGUGGAUGUUAUCAACAUGGAUUAUGGAAUGGAAGACAAGAAUCCAAUUGAUCAUGUUCGCUUCUAUUGUAAGAGUGACCUCAGCAAAGCAGUCAUGAUUACUAAAGAUCAGGUUUCAGAAUUUUUGCCAGAGAGAUUUGCAGAGCAGCUAAUUCGUGUAUACUGUAAGAAGACUGAUGCAAACACAUUGUUUGCUGUGAAACAACAUUUCGUUCAUUGGUGCUUAAUCAGAGACUUCACCAAGCCGCAGGAUGGUGAUGUGGUGGCCCCACUUAUAACACCUCGAAAAGCGGAGUGGAAUAACGUGGAUUCAGCCCAGAGCCCAGAUCACUUCCGAGAAAGGUCCAAAUUUAAACUCCGGCUUUUUCAGGAUGACUCAAUGUGAAUGUUUGCAACCAUUUGUUUACAUAAAGCUCUCUUCCCUGUCCCCCAACAGUAUUAACUAGCGUAGGGAAUUUGGUCGUGGAGUUCUACAAAUUUUAGUGAUAACUAGUGCUUUUUGUAUUUUGAAUGUACACAUAUGCUGAAGUAUUUUUAUCCAAAGAAAUGAAAGGCAUUAGACAAAUCUUGCUAUACAUGCUGGAAAGUGUUACCCAUUUUAACCCUAACUAAAGUCUUUCUCUUCUAGUAGUCUUAUUUUCUUACAAUAACAAAAAAAGUUUUUUUAUGUACUCUGAACUCUUAUGACAUAUGAUUGUUGCUUUUUUUAAGUUUGGAAAUGAGAGAAGGUGCACAUUGGAAUUUAACAUUGGGACUAUCAUAAACAGCUAUGGUUAAGAACAAAACAUAAAAUCUUAGCCUCUUGAGGGACGUAGCCAUCACUUCAAAUUUGAGGACAAUUCUUUUUUUUUUUUUUAAUUUUUUUUUUUGAGGACAAUUCUUCUUAAGUGAUCGAAAUGUUAGUGAAAGGCCUUUCCUUACCCUUUUAGCUAGGUUGGACUAAAUGGUAGGAAAUGAGGACCUUCAACUCCUGAGAGGCCUGAUUAAUUUAUUGAAAAGAUCUGAGGGCUCUGGUCUCCCCUGAAGUGGGACAUAAGACUGCCUCUGAAGGGACCUCUACCCUCUGUGGCAGAGGAAUCCCCCAAGCCAAGCUGUUCUCUGGGUCAGUUGCAGCCCCAGACCUGGGCAGUUUCUUUCUCCUGAAUACUUGCUUCCCAUAUCCCAAGGUCUUUGUCACUAUCACUGGUUUGGCCUGGAGAAGGCUCCCUUCCAACCUUCUGUCUGAAUUUCCCUUGUAAACUGAUCAGAGGUUGUCACAGAAGCCAUUCUUGGGGCUAUUCAGAGCUGGGAUUUUGUUUUUGCUUGUUCAGUGUGCAUUUUAUGGGUUUCAGCGCAAAGAUGGAGCUUGCUGAGAUGAGAUGAGUGAUUAUCCCUACAAUUCUGAGUUACCCUUUGUAGCCCAGUAUUCCCCCACGCUUGUUCUUUACCUUGCAGUGGAGUAGGCACCACUGUGGUUGAGCAAUUCGGUGCAAAGGGCACCCACCCCCACCUCCAUAUACCUACAAUUAAUUGCCUGUUCUAUAGAACUUUACCAAGAAUAAAGUCUGGAGUUAGAGCCAAAGCUAGUGGCAGCCAAAGGAUCCUGUAGAUUCAGGGCAGUGGAGAAUGGGAGUCAUAAGCCCUUUACAUCCUAAGCUUCGACACUCCCUUACAAAAGCCUCCAUGGCAGGCCAGGAUUGGGGAUCCAGCCCUGACUCUGGGCAAGAGCAAUUGGGAGGAAGGAAGGAACUCAGACCACAGUAGCAGUUAUCCAGUCUUAGGAGUGCUGCUACCUUCCACUAUGUAACCAGGUUCGGUUCUGUUGAUACUAGGCUGAAAAGUGUCUGCCAUUCUGUAUUACCACCACCACCCUCCUCCAUCCCCCAGAAGAUGAUCAGGAGUUGACCCUAAUUCAUAGGAGGAUAAUUAAAACCCGUCCCACUUCCACCAUAAUUCUAUGUGGGUGAGAUGUGUCCACAUGUGGGCUCCUAGAAGCAUAAAUGAAGUCAGCCAUGGAACGGGUCAUAUCUGUGUUGGCCAAGCUUCCUCUAAAACAUUCAGUGGGGGGAGCUAGAGGGCUAAGACUUAGCGUACCCAGACCCAAGGUCAAGAAUGUAAUGUUUUUCUGCUAAUACUGUUUUUAUUUCUGUAACUUCUAUCUUUAAAUCAUUGUGGUUUACUCUGGAAUUUUAUGAUUUCAAUAUUGUGUCAUUGUGCUAAGAAAUAACUUGAAUCUACUUUGUUUGCAUCCUUUACAUAUAAGUCAGCUGCACUUUAUGCUCUUUGCAACUGUUUUAAUGAUCAGAAACAUGUACCAUUUACAAGGUUAAAUUUUUCUUAAGAAACACCUUCGCUAUUUGUAUAAAAACUGAGAUUUUUAACAACUUAACCUCUAGAGUUACUGAACUAUUUUCACCUUGAGAAUGUAAGUAGAACUGCGAGUUUAAGUGGUUGGUUACUUCAUUUGGGUGAGGGAAACAGCUGCAAUAAAGCUUCAUGAAUGUA